CGUUUGCUGCUCGUCAAUACCACACCUCAGUCUAAAAGUCAAGAUUUUUUAUGAAUGUAUGCCUUCUUCGUAAAGAAGAAGGAACAGGAAACUGUGGGAACUAGUACAGCAAAAAACAACAGGAAACUUCGGAAAUUGUACUGAAAAAGGAACAGGGAAUUUUCGGAAAUUUAACUGGUUCAGAAAUUUUGGAUGGAAGGACACCUCCUCCAGAGUUGAAGAAAACCUAUCCUCCAGAAAUGAAUCCCGGGAAUAGAAUGGCGGGAUCGAUCCAUUCCUCCACCGCCACUACGACAGCCUACCUUCCUCUUAGCCCUCCGAUGAGCCCAAUACCCGCCGUUGGUCCACAUUCACCCCCAAAUUUUGUGCCCCCCAAUACGUCACCGGAAGUCAACUUCCAACUUGAGGUCAAUCUCCCACUCAUGGUCAGAUUUGGACAGGACGGUGGAUCAAUUUGGAUACACACAGAAAGCGGAGUUGUAACUCCCGCCAAGCGCAAAAUGCCGCCUGCCCCGCCGCCGCCUAAAAUCUCAUUGGAGACGCAAACUGGAGAAAGUUUACUAAAUGGGGAGUUUAUCAGAAGGCCAAAUAUUGAUGUAACUGCAGGUUCAAGCAGGCCCGCCACUGGUGUCUCACCUCAAACUUCCAACACUUUUCCCGCCGGUUUAUCGAAAAGCUCAAAUCCUCCCGCCGUUGUUCCUCAGUGUUCAAGGCUUCCCGCCGUUGCUCCUCAGUGUUCAAGGCCUCCCGCCGUUGCUCCUCAGUGUUCAAGGCCUCCCGCCGUUGCUCCUCAGUGCUCAAGGCCUCCUGUCGUUGUCCCUAAGUGUUCAGGACUUCCCGCCAUCAUUACCCCCUCCACAGAGCGAAAUUUUAAAACCACAUCUUCUCACCAAUCCCGUCAUCCAACUCGUAAUCUGCCGGUCUCUCUUUCUCCCCAAUCACCUCCACCAACCUCUCAUCGCUGCACCACCAUCGCCCCGCCAGACGAACCCCUCUUCCAAAAUGCGACCCAACUCAUCAGUUUAAUUCAAACGUGUCACCAGUGCGAAAAGAGUUUUCGCUCCCGCCGCCAUGGAGUGGAUCACCAGAGGAAAGAGCAUAACUUGAGACACUGUCCUGUCUGUUUUGUUACGAUUUCCCGCCAAGGGAAUGCCUUCAAAGACCACCUAAAAUUGUACCACGCCCUCGAAGGGGACACGGAAAUGCUGUCGUGUCCCUUCUGUUCGGCAGCACAGAGUUUCGAAGGGCUGUACCGCCACAUCGGGUGGAUUCACCUGAUCCCCGUGGAGGCUGAUUUGACCGCCAAUCAGGAAGUUGCUCACCCUGCCCCGAUACCAAAACCACAUAACAGCAAUGGACGUCAAACGAGCUCGGCCCAAGAAGGGAGGAAUCCACCCCAAAAUCACACGAGCAUGCGGCAAACGUCCCCGCCAAAUGCGAAUUGUAAACCGGGCCAGGCAUCCAAAACAGGCAAAAUUUCCAACCAGAUACCACCAUCGAUUAAAAAUACAGACCCCGCCAAAGUAACCAAUCGGACAAAUUCCAGGAUGGUAAAUCCCGCCCUAAAUCGUAUCCCGCCAAGGCAACCAGACCCGCCCUCUUCACCCCAACCAACCAACAAUUUCCGGCGGAAAUCCCCCAGCCCGAUCCCACCUCAACCAAAGCGGUCAAAGAUAGCUAAUCCUAAGCAUUCCGAACAAGAGUUAAGUGACAAAAUUAAAGCGGCACUAAUUACUGCGAAAAGAAGGUCCACCAUGGAACCAAGUGUUCCACGCCAGCGCAGGAGGACGGGUCAGAUCUCGGAUGAUGAAAUGUUCUCAACACCCCCGCCAAGUCCACAAGAUAACCGCACCACUGGACAACUGAAGACUUCCCAAAUUUCGAAACUUAACAUUAUAUACCAGCAGUUAAAUAGCUACCCGGACACAAAAAUUAUCUCCAACAAGGCGGAAGAGUUUGGAGUUACAUAUGCCGUGGUAGCGAUAAAACUGGUUUACAAAGAAGCACAUGGACCACUGUCAGCGUGUCCAGCAAAGCAAUCGGAAACGACGACGCUCGGAACCCAAAUAACUAUUAGGCAAUUGUACCAAGCCAUAAAAAGGCAAUAACACAAAAUCAUCAACACGAGAUAUUUACAUGUACAUACAUAUACUCAUAUCUGAGAUUUUCUGACAGUUCUGUACACACAUAUGUAAUCCGAUGUAGGAGUAAUAUAUUUAUUUGUAAAACUUAGAAAAUAAUCUACAUGACCACGAUCACUUUCCCUGUUCGUGCACUACUUGUUACAACGUUUUUAAAAAUCCUAAAAAUAAUUCUGUCAUUAGCUGAAAUUUUAUUCUAAGGGUGUGUGACUUGCAAAUAGUUAAGAAGUAAUUGAAGGGAUUAGUCAACCGAGCAAUGAAUCAGUCAGUGUUUCAGAGCUCUUUGUAAUUUUAUAGAUAAUGUGUAUAAUAAAUAUUGUGCUAUAAGUAUCAAAGUAUGUAUGUUCAUAUAUAACUUUUCAAAGCUGUAAGCAAAAUUAGGUAUGUUAAACUUUGUCAACACCACACACAAAUAAAUAUUGUUGACAUAUUUAGGCAUGCAUUUAUAUUUAUUAUAUAUUUAUAUGUAUGUAGGUGCAA